AGUAAACUUUCUCUAGAUCACCAACCAUGUCCAUAGUAGUAGAAGAUAAAGAAGAAGAGCUCUGGCAACGCCAUGAAAGGCACGAACCUAACCAACCACCACGAUAUCUCGGUUUUGUAGCUGGUAUGGCCUCGGGAGUUAUGAAAAAUGUCGUGGGUCAUCCAUUCGAUACCGUCAAGGUGCGACUCCAGACAGCACCUGCGGGACAAUUUCGGGGUCCUAUUGAUUGUGUAUUACAAACAUUGCGUCGUGAGGGUCCCUUGGGGUUUUAUAAAGGAUUUACUCCACCUCUCGUUGGUUGGGUGCUUAUGGAUUCUGUCAUGUUGGGCAGUUUGCACGUGUACAGACGAUUAAUUAAGGAGAAUGUCUACCCUGACCAGGAAAAGUUGCCUUUGAUGGGUCAUGUAGUUGCUGGAUUAGGUAGUGGGUUGACUGUCAGUUUUGUGGCGGCACCAAUUGAACAGUUCAAGGCAAGAUUACAGAUUCAAUAUAACAACAACACCAAGUUGUAUACUGGACCUAUAGAUGUUGCUACUAAGUUAUACAAAGUCAGUGGGAUAAGAGGGAUAUAUAGCGGGUUAUUGCUGACAAUGAUUUUUAGAACUAAUUUCGUAUUCUGGUGGGGAUCAUACGAAUUGUUCACACAAUGGUUUGAAGCAAACACCAAGCUUCUGAAACCAGCAAUCAACUUCUGGAGUGGUGGGUUAUCUGCUACUGUUUUCUGGAUUUUCGCAUACCCCGCUGACGUAGUGAAGCAAACCAUCAUGACUGAUUCCCCACAUGCAGCUGAAAAGAAGUUCCCUAGAUGGAUCGAUGCCGUCAAAUACAUUUAUAGAGAACGUGGUGGGAUUUCUGGUUUUACACGAGGCUUUGGUCCUUCGAUAUUACGAUCUUUCCCUGCCAAUGCGGCGGCAUUGGCUGCUUUUGAAGCAGUGAUGAGAUUCUUACAUUAAAUUAUUAUAGAUAAAAUAUAGAUUAUACAGAUUAGUUUUUCUCCCAUGGCUUGGCUCUUUGUGAUUGACUAGCAGUUGAUCCUUGUCCGGAUAACACCGUAUCAGGAAUUUGUUUAAUUCCAGGAACUGGUUUUCCUGACAUGAUCAAUUCCACCACAUUUUGAUAAUUGGAAGUAUAUGGCGCACUACUGUCUUCUUGUACCUCCUCCACUUGUUUGCUCUUGAUGUAUUUAUCUCCAUUAUGUAACUUCCAAUCUUCAUAAUCUUCCAAAUUUAAAAUUUCUCCUGUCUUGUUACAGAAAAAGAACACCUUGGCUUGAUUGGUUAAUUGCUGCUUGUCCAAGGCAGGUAUACUAGUUAUGCUUGGGUCUUGUUCUUUCAAAGUUUCUAAAUGGUUAUCCAAGAUUUCAGAUAACCCCUGUUGGAACUCAUCGAAUGAGUCCCAAUCAUAAUUCAAAUAUUGUUUGUAAACUUCUUCCUGUGGGUUGGCCAU